AUGAGAAGGCGGCAUCGGUUACAACAGUCUAUUCAGUCAGGCGGCAGCCAGCAGCGCCUGCAGACGGCUCAGGUAGAGUCCGGCAGCAGCAGUCGUGAGGAAGGAGCAGUAAUGAGAAGGCGGCAUCGGUUACAACAGUAUAUUCAGUCAGACGGCGGCCAGCAGCGCCUGCAGGCGACGCGGGUUGAGCCCGGCAGCAGUGGACGUGAGGAAAGAGCAGUAAUGAGAAGGUGGCAUCGGUUACGACAGUCUUUUCAGUCAGAUGGCAGCCAGCAGCGCCUGCAGGCAGCGCAGGUCGAGCCCGGCAGCAGCGGUCGUGAGGACGGAGCAGUAAUGAGAAUGCGGCGUCGGUUACAACAAUUUAUUGAGUCAGAUGGCGGCCAGCAGCGCCUGCAGAUGACGCGGUCAGGCGGCAGCCAGCAGCGCCUGCAGACGGCGCAGGUAGAGUCCGGCAGCAGCGGUCGUGAGGAAGGAGCAGUAAUGAGAAGGCGGCAUCGGUUACGACAGUCUUUUCAGUCAGAUGGCAGCCAGCAGCGCCUGCAGACAGCGCAGGUCGAGCCCGGCAGCAGUGGUCGUGAUGACGGAGCAGUAAUGAGAAUGCGGCGUCGUUUACAUCAAUUGAUUGAGUCGGAGGGCGGCCAGCAGCGCCUGCAGGCGACGCGGGUCGAGCCCGUCAGCAAUGGACGUAAGGAAGGAGCAGUAAUGAGAAGGCAGCUUCAGUUACAACAGUUUAUUGAUUCAGACGGCAGCCAGCAACGCCUGCUGACGGCGCAGGUAGAGUCCGGCAGCAGCGGUCGUGAGGAAGGAGCAGUAAUGAGAAGGCGGCAUCGGUUACGACAGUCUUUUCAGUCAGAUGGCAGCCAGCAGCGCCUGCAGACAGCGCAGGUCGAGCCCGGCAGCAGUGGUCGUGAUGACGGAGCAGUUAUGAGAAUGCAGCGUCGUUUACAACAGUUGAUUGAGUCGGAGGGCGGCCAGCAGCGCCUGCAGGAGACGCGGGUUGAGCCCGUCAGCAAUGGACGUAAGGAAGGAGCAGUAAUGAGAAGGCGGCUUCAGUUACAACAGUUUAUUGAUUCAGACGGCGGCCAGCUGCUCCUACGGCGGCGAGCAGCGCCUGUAGACGGCGCGGGUCUAGGCCUGCAGCUGCAGCUGCAGCGGCGCGUGCAGCGGCGUGUGCAGUAG